AUAUCCAUUGUCACGUCACGAGCUGGUUGUCAGGCACACUCAGGCGGGGCUGAUCAGCAAAAUGUCGGCAAUCUAUGGACAGGAUCCUCUCUCACAGUUUGCGAGGACCCCUGGGACUGCCGAUAACCAGUCGUGGUCGCCCCGGCAGAACUCGCGCUGGGGGGAGUAUGACGUCCUCAAUGAAGACGGGAGGGACUGUCGGUUAUCUGAUGGACUCUUGGGAUUCCGCAGUAACUUUGACUGUUGUCACCAAGCAGAAGUCGCCGGAAGUCAUAACCCAAUCGAUACCUUCGGCAACCACAGAUUGCCCAAGCCUCUGGAAGCAGAUUACAGUGGUAUGGAGACUCCCCGAAAAACUGACCGUCACGUGGUGUGUGACCCACAUGUGGACGUGUUUCCCCUGCAUAACCCGGAAAGAAAAGACGAAAAUGGAGACCACGUGUUACCGCCGUCCACACGGUCCGCCAUAGAGGACACACACCGGAAGCUGUACUGCUCCUCUCGUUACAGCAGUAUGUAUCCUGUGGAUGUGACGUCAGAGAGCGACGUAAAUCAGACAAUGUGUCUCGAUUGCGUGGUUCCAGAUGAAAGUCAACCGAUGUCAUGCCCUGUUUUUUUUAUUCAGCCUCCAUGUGACAGACACAGUGAUGGUGCGUGUAGUCAUGUGAUGGACAAGUUUGGUAGCGCCCCACCGGAAGUAUUGCGUGAGGCUGACAACGAUAGAGAAUCAAUUUACGAACCUUCGUUUUUUUCACCAAUGUCUCUCAAGCGAAAAAUGUUUGAUGGUGAAUAUGACGCCAAUCAGAACUUCCAUAAUCACCUUAUACAAGACGUGUAUCGGUACCGUUUGCCGUCUAUCUUUCAUUAUACUGAAGGAUUCGAAAGUGACCAAACAGUACCGGAUACAAUGAAUCAUGAGGUUGAGAAAAAGGAUAAUGAAGACAUUACUGAUGGCUGUUCCAGAUUCCUCCGUCCUGCCAUCCCUCCGACCUUAAUUCGGGACAUGGUAGACCUGAAAAUGGAAAUGGAACUUGCCAAACGGACCCAAACUUUGCCGGAAAACAAAUUGUCCAACCAAAGACCCCUACCCAGUAUAGACAGUUGGACUGAGUGGCCACACGAACCAAAACUUAGCCUCCCCCAGAAGUCGAGGACCCAGAAAAGGUUCAAUAUCGAACACCCCAAGACGAUACCAGAUCUCAGGGACUUCAAAGUAUAUUCUAAGAGAGUUAACUUCAAUGGCUUCAACUCGUCUGUUUUCCGUGGGUAAAUUGUGACCCCCUGGUGGAGCUUUUACACAAGAUGUUGAUAUGUCUGCUCGUCGAUCUAAUAAAAAAAAACUUAACUGUA